GAACAAGCGAACCAUGGAAAAAGCAAAACAAACUUUGCCCAGGAUGCUGAACUCUUGAAUUAAAAAUGUCUUUGUCAGCCUUUGAGAGGUUUAAGAACAGGGUGGGGACUCAGAUUUCCCAGCAGGGACAGAGAGGAGACAGCAGUUUAAGUGAGACUCCAGGCUCACCAUCUACUUCAGUAUCCAGUUCAUCGGGGCUAGCAGUAGCUGCACAACCCACCAAAAUUCUUCAAGACGUAUUAGAUUGUAUACAGAAUCUGAAGAGUGGUUUUGAAGAAGAUGGGAGUCCAGUGGAUGAUAACAACCAGACAUUACACAGAUUUUGUGCAAAACUUGAGUACCUGCUGCAAGCUGACAUGAAAGACAAGAAGUCAAUUACUGGUAGAAAGAAGGAAUACUGGGAAUAUUUCUGUGAGUGUCUUGCCCCUCUAAAAGGUGUCAAUGAUGGCAUUAAAUAUGUCAAAACUACAGGUGAUUGUAAGACAUCUCUAGGUAAAGGUCGUUCCUUCUUGCGUUUUUGUCUAAUGCAUCAACGUUUAGCUGAUAGUUUACAAGCUUGUUGUACCAAUGGUAAAGUCACAAGUGGUUGGUAUCAUCCUAAAUCUCUUUGGCUACAACAUGAUAAAAGUAGCAUGAUCAUCAGUGCACUAUAUGACCUUAAUGACAUCAUGUUUGACCUUGCUCCUAGAGGUUACGACCUAGACAAUUCAUGGCCAUCUUUCGCAAGGAAGAAUAUUGAAGGACAACAUACAUGGUCACUAUCAGAGAGAGCUAGAACAAUGAGUAUAUCUAGUCUAAACAGUAUCAAUCAGGAUACUCCAAUAAAAGGUCAGGUUUCGUCAACACCUAUAGACACGUCAGGUAUGGACCAGCUGGCACAAGAGUUAGCUAUUUCUGAAAAUGUUCGCUCCGACCUCGAGGACAAGAUGGAAGCUUUAGAGCAGCAAAAACAAAUCUUCCAGCAGACCGUAGCGGAGUCAAAAGGGGAGGUAAACAUGCUGGAAAACCAGUUACGAGAGAUACAAGCCGAACAUAAACAAUUACAGGCUUCGUACAGAGAGCUUGAGAAAAAGUAUGAUAAGAUGUGUGUUGAGACAGAAUUCAAGGACAGAGAUGGUAAAACAUUGGAAUCUGCUUUUGAGACUAAAAUUACUGAACUUCGGGCAGAGAAUGAAAAACUUCUUGCUAAGAUUACACAGAUUGAAGAGGAUCUUGAAUUGUCGCAAGAAAAUCUUCAGAUAACUUCCAGUGAACGUGAUGACAUGCAGAGGACUGUAGAAGAAUUGAGGGGAAAGGUUACAGAGCUGGAAGAACAGAUGAAGGUGGAUAAAGAAGAGAUUGAGAGAAGAAUGGUUGAAGUAGAAACUGAGAAAUCCGAGUUAUUAGAAAAAAUAAAGAUGGUGGAGAAUAGUGAGGCAUCAGGGCAAAGAAACCUGACUGAUGUUCAAUCAGAGUUGAAGGAACAGUCCAAUUUAGUGGUCAGUUUAGAGAAAAAAGUUUCAGCACUGACCACAGGUUACCAAUGGCUGGAUAAACUUAGGGAAGGAGCUUCAUUUUCUGAGAUCCCAGACCUUGAUGCUACUUCAUGUUUGGCUUUAAAAGAUGUCUCCUACUUUGUCACAGGAUUGCAGGACAAAAUCUCCUCUGUCAGCAAUGAAAAGCAUAACUUAAAUGAACAGUGUCAUAGUUUAGCUAAUCAAAAUGCAGAAUUGAAAAAUGAUGUGUCAGCUAGUAAAGAAAAAGUUGUAAGUCUUGAAAAUUCAUUAGAUAAACUGAAAGAAAUGGAGAAAGAAUUAAAACAGAAAAUAGCUGACUUACAGGGAGUAUCUGAAAAUGACAGUGACAAUUUAAAACAUGCUAAAGAAGAAGUUAUUGCCAUGGAAAAACAAGUGUUAGAACUUAGAUCCUCUUUAAAUGCUCUUGAACAAGAGAAAGGCCAUGUAUCUAAGGAACUAGAAAUAAAAGAUCAAGAUUUAGUUCUUUUGAAGAAAGAAAUAGAAAAGUGCAAAGAAGAACUGAAUAAGUCUAAUGAGAUGGUUGGAGUUGCUGUUAAAAAUGCACAAGAAAGUUUAGAAAAAGUUAAACCAUUAGAACAAGAUAUUAAAGACAGAGAUUCAAAAAUUGAGAAGCUUCUGCAGAAAGAAAGGGAAUGGGAGCUGACUGUAAAGGGCAUGGAGAAGCAAGAUGAGUUGCAGUGUGCAAGGUUAAAUGACAAAGAAAAGGAAAUUGAGAACUUGGGUAAUGAAGUUAAAAGACAUGCUGAGCAGUUUGAUACACUUAAAAGUAAGUUUGAUGACAUGCGAUCUGAAAAAGAUUUACUGUCAAUGGAAUUUAAAUCUUGUAAUGAAAAAUUAAAUGAUAUUCAAAAGCAAAAAGACAAGCUUGAAGAGAAAUUCAAUGAAGAAAAGUUAAAAUAUGAAGAAUUGAAUGACGAAACAGAAAAAUUGAAGUCAGAAGCUCAUCAUAAACAAGCAGAGCUUGGAAGUGAAAGAGAAACUUUGAUAAGAGAAUUAGAAUCUUACAAGAAUAUAAACCUUAUUCAUGAAAGAGAGGAAGCAACAUUGAAGGAAAAACUAGAAAGUCUUGAGUCUACACUCUCAAAAUUAUACGAAAAUGAAAGUAAAAUGACAGCAAAACUUGAAAAUGUAGAGAAAGAGCUUAAUUUAAAGUCUUUGGCCCUUGUUUCUUCUGAGAAAGAUAGUGAAGUAAAAGCAAAAGAAAAUUCUCAUCUGGAACAUGAGAACAAGGAACUUAGGACAGAAAUUAAGACAAUUCAAGAUCAAUUCUAUGAAAAACAAAGUGAAGUGAUGAUGCUGCAAGAGAAGAAUCAACGAGGCCUAGAGGAACUUGAGAGAACAAAGCAAUUCUAUGAAACAGCAGCAAAAACAGAAUCUGAAUGGUCUGAUAGAAUGAAAACAUUAGAAAGUAAUCUUACAGUAAAGGACAAUAGGAUAACUGAGCUGACAGAUAUUGAAAAAUCUUUGACAGUGGAAAACAGUAAACUGAGUAGAGAUAAAGCUGAUUUAGAACAGAGUAUUGAGAAAGUGCAAAGUGUUUUGGAAUUUAUAUCUGAGAAAAGUAAUUUGGAAUUAAAUUUACAAGAACUGACUUCAAAAGAAUCAAGCACAAGUAAGGAAAACAGGCAUUUAGAACAAAAGGUUUUCGAUAUUGAACAAAAACGAGCAGGGUUAUCAAAUGUUAUAGAACAAAUGCAGAGGGAUUUUGAUGAGGCUGUGAAGGAAAAGGAAGGAUUAGAAGAGAAAGUGAGUAAUUUAGAGGAUGAGUCGGAAAAUAAUGAAAAGAAAAUUAUAGAACUUCAGAAAGAAUUAGAUAAAAUUCAGAAGCAAAUGGAAGUGAUUCAAACAAACAGAUUUGAAAAAGAUGAACAGCUUAAGCAAGAAAAACAACGCUAUCAAAAGCUUCAGCUUGAUUUUGAUGUUCUCUCAAAAGACAAAUAUGAGCUCGAGGAAAAUAUUGAUUCUUUAGAAAGGGAACUUAAGGAUGACACUAAAGAGUUAGAUGAACAAAGAAUAACCCUUGGAAAUUUAGAAAAAGAGAAAAAAGACUUUAUGGAACAUAUUUCACAAUUAGAAGAAAGUGAUAUGAAUAACAAAAAUGAAAUAGAUUCUUUAAACACCAGACAAAUUGAAUUAGUUGAGGAAAUUGAAAGACUAAAUAAAAAUAUAAAUUUACAACAAAGUGAGAAAAUUGAAUUGCAAGAGAAAGAAAAGUCACUUCAAAAUGACAUAAAUGGAUUACAAACGCAAAUAAAAAGCAAGGAUAAUGAAAUGUGUGAAAUGCUAAAAAACAUGGAAGAAAAAAAUGCUUAUUUUGAAAAGCUAGAAUCAGAGAAAAUGGAAAUUGAGAAACAGUUCCAAAAGAUUUCAGAUGAUGUCUUAGUAUUGCAAGAAAAAGAAUCAAAUAACGUUGAUGCUAUAAAGAAGCUUGAAGAACAUAUUCAAAAAAGUGAGUUAGAAAAGGAGAGUAUACAGGGUAAUCUGUCUUUGAAAUGUGUUGAAAUGAAUGAACUGCAGGCAAGGUUUGAUGAUUUCCAAUCUGAAAAUGCCUGUCUAGUCCAGGAGUAUGACCUAUUACAGCAGACAUUUAAUGAUCUCAAAGAAACAGAAGAAGUUGUGAGGUCAAAACUUACCGAAAUGACAUCUAAUAGGGAUGAAAUAUUGUCAAAACAUCAGUAUGCAGAUGAACAGUUAAGAAUUAAUGAAAAAGGUCUUCAAGGUUUGAUGGUGGAAAGAGACUCUUUGGUAAACGAAAAGGAAACUUUGAUGGAUGAAGUGACUUCAUUAAAACAUCAGUGUUCAGACUUUGAAGCCAAAACAUCUGAUUUAGAAAAUCAGUUAACAGAAAUGUGUUCAAUUAAAGAUCAAUUAGAAGAACAAUUUAAGGAGACUUCAGGUGAAGUUGGAAAGAAAAAUACAGAAACACAAACUUUACAGAAGAAAAUUAAAGAAAUGACAGAUGAGAUCAUAAGUCUUCAAAACAAUACUGAAAUAUCUGUAAAGGCAAUUAAAGAUUUAGAUGAAAAAUGCAAAAUGAAAGAGCAAAUGGAGCAAACAUAUCAAACUGAGAUUGAAAGCAAGUGUGAUGAAAUAAGCAGUUUGAAAGAAACUUUGCUUUCACGAGAAAAUACUAUUCAAGAAGCAAAUGAAAAAAUUCAUGUGUUUAUGGAAAAGGAGGCAAAAUUAAAUGACGACAUUUUAAAAGCUGAAGACUUAUGCUCUCAAUUAGAACUAAAAGUGAAUGAAAAAUCUGAACAAAUUAGUGAUUGGGAACUGAAGUAUGAAGAUUUGAAAUGCAGUGUGAAAGAACUUGAAAAUGAUAAACAUCAACUCAUGUUGGAUUUGAAAGCUCAACAGCAAGAGAAGGAUAGUCUUCAAACUAAAGCUACUGGUGAUUUAGAUAUAAUUGCACAGUUAAAGAAUGAGGUCAGUGAAAUACAGCAACAAAGAAGUAGUGAUAUCACAAAGCUUGAAAAUGAAAUAGAUGAAAUAAAACAAAGAGAAGUAAGUCUUCUUGAAACAAAAGAAUUUGCAAUUCAGGAGGCAAAGAACCUAUCAAGUAAACUUCAAACUUUAGAAAUUAAUGAAAAUGAUAUGAAACUAGUACAGCAAAAAUUGGAGAAUGAGAUUGAGAAACUGAGACAUAUAAAAGAAACAAAUGAUUUGAAAUGUUCAGAGUAUGAAAAAGAAGUGGAUGACUUAAAGUCAAAGCUUAAUCGAAUAGAACAGGAUAGGGAAACAUGUGAAACUGAUUUAAGACAGGUCACUGUAGAACUGGAAACAAAGAAAAAUGAACUUGUUAAAAAUUUAGAAGAUGCAGUCACAGAUUUACAGGUUAUAAAAGAACAGUUGAAUAAAACUUCAUCAGAAUUAGAAAGUUCCCAUGAAGAGAAGUUGUGUCUUGAGAAAAGUCUUCGCGAGAGUGAGUCAAGAAAUGAGGAGCUUGAACAGAAGGUUGAGUGUUUGAAUGAAAGGAUACUAUCAGUUACAGAUGAUUUAGAAAACCAGAUAGAAGAGAACCAUGCAAAGAUUGAAGAGUUAGAAAAUAUAAAAGUGUCACUGGAAUCAGAAGCGGAUGAUAAUUUGCAAACUUUGCAACAGGAGAAAGCUUCAAUUGAGCAAAAGCUGAAAGAGUUUAUAGAGGAAGUUGAAAAACUUAAAAGUGAUAUUAAAGAAAAGGAAGAUGUUUUGCAAUCUUCUCAGACCAUAUUAGAAACAACUUGUGCUGAAGUAGAGAACAUAAAAUCAGAGAAGGAAUUAUUAGUAGUUGAGUUAAACCAACUUAAAGAGCAGCUUAAUGAAAAAGAUGCCCUCAUUGAAAGUAAUAAUGAAAAAAUUGAUAAUUUCGAUAUUGAAAAAAGCAGUUUGGAAGAACAAGUUGAAAAGUUUGAAGACUUUAAAGGAGAAAAUGAGAAGAAAGUUUCUGAGCUUAAUGAACUUGUGAAUGAAUUGACCAUAAAAGUGCAAGAAUUGACGAAAGAAAAUAAUGUCUUCAGGGAAGACCAGCAAAAAUAUGAUGAAUCAGAAAGUAAUUACAUGAAAAAAUUAACAGAACUUUCAGAGCAAAGUAAGAAAUUUGAGGAACAGUGUACUCAACUACAGGAUGAAAAUGAAAAAUUGAAAUCAAAUGCAGAUCAUGAAAGUGAAAAUUUCAAAAAGUUAGAGGAAACAUUAAAAGAAAGAGAUACUAAGCUAGAAAGUUUGGAGCAGGAGAAUGAGAAGAAAGCUUUGGACAGUGAGGCUGAAGUGGACACCCUGAGACAAGAGAUAGCAGCACUGGAGUUCCAGUUGAGUUCUUAUCAACUGGAGGCUGAACAGAUUCAAAAGGCUGGGACAGAGGAGAAAGACUUUACUGAUAUGAAGGAGAAGUUGAUGGAACAAGAGACAAUUAUAGAUCAAUUACAGUGUGAAAUGUCAGAGUUAAAGGAAGUUGCCAAGAAGUAUAGAGAACAAGAGUUAAAGAUUGAAGGACUACAGGAAGAAUUGAGCAACAAGGAGAUGGAAAGAUCUGAUCUUGCUGAACAACUUGAAAAUCUGCAGAGUGAGCUAAAACAAGAGAUGACUUCCUCUUUAACUGUAAAGAAUUCCUAUGAUAAUCAGAAGGUGAAGACAGAGGAAUUACUCCAACAGAAAGAUGAUGAGAUCAGUCAACUUAAAGAAGAUGUUAAUGAAUUGAAAAAGAAACUUGUCAAGUUGAUCAAGGACAAAGAUGAACUAUGGCAGAAGACAGACAAGCUGUCAUUUCAGCAGAAGUUACAGGCUACAGAGAAAUGGAUGGAUGAUGGGAAAGUUACACAUUGUCUCGGAUGUAAUGCAGAGUUUUCCUUCACACUGAGAAAGCACCACUGUAGGUUAUGUGGGAGAAUAUUUUGUCAUACAUGUAGUGGUAACUGGGUACAUACAGCUUCCAGCAGUAAGAAGUCACGAGCAUGUUAUGAAUGUUUCAAACAGUACAACAAGGCAUUACAGGGAGAUGAUUGUCAUGUUACCAAUACUGAUAUAGAACAAAGUGUAGAGAUUCCUAAACGACAGGUGCUCGGUUCUCCAUUACCUAGCUCGGCUAGUAUACAAUCUUCUAUCAUAUCAUCUGACGAGGAAUCAGUGACAGAAUCAGCUAUUGCUAGUCGUAAACUGGUAUAUGAUACUGUUACCACAGAAAAUGAUGUAUCUCCACAGACAGAGGCUCUAGGUGGCGAGAAUGUUACCACACAGUUAGAAUCUCAGUUAGGAGCUUCUGGUGGGAACGAGACAGACGAGGAUAAACUGAAAGAUAGUGCUGUUGGUGGCAAAAGUGAUGAAAGGGGAGAUAAUGGUGAGGACAAGUUCCAUGUGAUCAGUGAUGAGGAGAUACAGAGGUCAAUGUCAAUAUCAAUGAGUGGGGAUCAGGAAACCCCAGCUCCCCUAGAUCCCAAUAUGUCUAGCAGUAUGUGCGUAUCUCUGAAUGAACUGAUCAGGGGUGAAGUUAACAGUCAGAAUGAGGUGUGGAUCAAGGCAGGGCGAUCAUUUGCUGUUCCAGUCAUGAUUGAUAAACCUAACACAGUGUUUGGCUGGGAAUUCACCUCACACCCAAAGGAUGUUGUUUUUAGUGCAAACUACCGAAGUAGUGAGUCAGUUGCAGUAAGUGAUGGUCAAGUAUUGGUACCUCCGUGUAAAUGUGAUUCCCAUAAACAAACUGUAAGAGGGGAGCUAACUGCUAAACAACCGGGCAUAUAUACAUUACUGUUUGACAAUACAUACUCUAAGUUAACAGGAAAAACAAUCAAGUAUACACUUUUGUCCGAACCCUUACAAGAAGACUAGAGGAGAUCUAGAUGUUAUUGGUGACUGAUAUAAAUUAUGUUUUAGAUGUAACACUAUCUUCAGACAAGAGUUGUGCUGUCUGUAUGAUAAGAUAAAACUGUAUUUAAAUAGUUGACAGUUAAUUUGUUUUUGUUAGUGAUUUGAGAUUUCAUUUAUGUUUGAUGUUUGGUGAUUAAUAAGGUAUACCAUUUCUUAACAUGUGAUAAGAUAGAUAACUUUUACAUUCUCGGUUUAUCCAAUGAUGAAGUUAUAUUAUACCCUAGAGUCACCAGUUUUUGUGAUGUUAAGCGGAUUAAUGCGGACAAUGAAUUAAUGAAAAACAAACAAACAAAAAUCAAUUUUCUGUGCAUUAAUGCGGACAAUGAAUUAAUGAAAAACAAACAAAUCAAUUUUUUAACUGUUCAUAAAACAAAAUAUAUCUUAUCUCUAUAUAUUAAACAAAAGGAGAACAGAAAAA